CAUGACAGCCGCUUUGACCGUUCCAUUUCCGGCAUUACAUUUGCAGCUUUGACCCUUGGUAACCUCUUUUUUGACCUUCAUUUUAUUCAAAUCUUGAACAGACAAUGGUCGAUGGGCCAACGAUGACCAACCCUGCGAGGGUCUUUAAACAUUGUUGAACUGGUAUAUAAUCAUGGCUCUCGUCCUUCUGAAACUAUAUUUCGAUUGUCAUGCUAUUCAAGAAACACAGCAACUCGGAACAAUGCAGUAUAUCUAGACGAGCCUCAAGACGAGGUCUCACGAGGGAGUUGCGUUGUCAUUCCAACGACGUUUCUGAUCUGGUUGGGUCUGACACUGCCGACGACGACGAACACACUAUAUCUGCGUUUGGUGACGUGGCCGCCUCCGAGAUCAAUUUCAUCCGCUGCUCAUCUCCCGACACCCUCGAACUUCCGAGACAGAAUUCCUCUCCCAUCAUUAAGCGGCCUUCACCUCCUUCGCGUCGGAAAGCCUACAGCGACCUGGAUGACUUCGCAGCCCUCUGCGACAGCCUGCGUGUAGUCCAAGACCACGCACGACUCACUAGUGACCACACCAAAUUGCACUCGCAGCCUUUCGAGCAACAGGUCUCGCAUGUUCUGAGCGAGUCCCAAGUACCCUCUUACAGUGGUCCCAUCCGAGUUACUCGAACCCCGAAGUCCCAGGCGCGACAGAUCAAGGUUUCACCUCCCGUCACUUCUCAUCGGGAGUAUGAUUUGCCAGGACCACUACGCAACGCUGAGCUCCGUGACAGGAGCCCACCUCUUCCUAGUUUCGAACUGUAUAUUCCGGGGUCCUCCUGGGAUACAUCAUUCUGAGUUUGGCGCAUGCCAGUUCUACGCCUUUCUAAGCAUCAUUGUAUAUAAUGUGUAUUUAACGCUGGACGUACCAUUCCUUUCUUGCAUUCACACGACGGUUAGUCUAGUCACUCAUUCAUGUACCUUUAAUCGCAUCAUCCUCUUCCACUGUGAAGCAGACUCUUCGUCCCGUCGCGUAAAAGACGCAAUUUGACGUGACGAACGUAAAUAUAUAAAUGAGCUCUGUGAGCGCAAAACCGCAUUCACCUUUCUCCGCCAAUCCUGCCAAUGCUAC